AUGCUUCUCGACGCAAGCAUGCUUUCGGACGCAAGCAUGCUUACGGACGCAAGCAUGCUUUCGGACGCAAGCAUGCUUUCGGGCGCAAGCAUGCUUUCGGGCGCAAGCAUGCUUUCGGACGCAAGCAUGCUUUCGGACGCAAGCAUGCUUCUGGACGCAAGCAUGCUUUCGGACGCAAGCAUGCUUACGGACGCAAGCAUGCGUCCGGGCGCAAGCAUGCGUCCGGGCGCAAGCAUGCUUCCGGGCGCAAGCAUGCUUCUGGACGCAAGCAUGCUUCUGGACGCAAGCAUGCUUUUGGACGCAAGCAUGCUUACGGACGCAAGCAUGCUUUCGGACGCAAGCAUGCUUCCGGACGCAAGCAUGCUUUCGGGCGCAAGCAUGCGUCCGGGCGCAAGCAUGCUUCCGGGCGCAAGCAUGCUUUUGGACGCAAGCAUGCUUCUGGACGCAAGCAUGCUUCCGGACGCAAGCAUGCUUUCGGGCGCAAGCAUGCUUCCGGGCGCAAGCAUGCUUCCGGGCGCAAGCAUGCUUUCGGACGCAAGCAUGCUUUCGGAUGCAAGCAUGUUUCCGGACGCAAGCAUGCUUUCGGACCCAAGCAUGCUUUCGGGCGCAAGCAUGCUUUCGGAUGCAAGCAUGCUUCCGGACGCAAGCAUGCUUUCGGGCGCAAGCAUGCUUUCGGGCGCAAGCAUGCUUACGGGCGCAAGCAUGCGUCCGGGCGCAAGCAUGCUUCCGGGCGCAAGCAUGCGUCCGGACGCAAGCAUGCUUCCGGCAGUGAGCAUGCUUUCAGACGCAAGCAUGCUUCCGGGCGCAAGCAUGCGUCCGGGCGCAAGCAUGCUUAGGGGCGCAAGCAUGCUUCCGGAAGACACAAGCAUGCGUCCGGACGCAAGCAUGCUUCCGGACGCAAGCAUGCUUUCGGGCGCAAGCAUGCUUUCGGACGCAAGCAUGCUUUCGGACGCAAGCAUGCGUCCGGACGCAAGCAUGCUUCCGGACGCAAGCAUGCUUUCGGGCGCAAGCAUGCUUCUGGAUGCAAGCAUGCUUCCAGACGCAAGCAUGCGUCCGGGCGCAAGCAUGCGUUCGGGCGCAAGCAUGCGUCCGGACGCAAGCAUGCUUCCGGACGCAAGCAUGCGUCCGGGCGCAAGAAUGCUUCCGGACGCAAGCAUGCUUUCGGGCGCAAGCAUGCGUCCGGACGCAAGCAUGCUUUCGGGCGCAAGCAUGCUUUCGGGCGCAAGCAUGCGUCCGGGCGCAAGCAUGCUUCCGGGCGCAAGCAUGCUUCUGGACGCAAGCAUGCUUCUGGACGCAAGCAUGCUUUCGGACGCAAGCAUGCUUACGGACGCAAGCAUGCGUCCGGGCGCAAGCAUGCUUCCGGGCGCAAGCAUGCUUUCGGGCGCAAGCAUGCGUCCGGGCGCAAGCAUGCUUCCGGGCGCAAGCAUGCUUCUGGACGCAAGCAUGCUUCUGGACGCAAGCAUGCUUUUGGACGCAAGCAUGCUUACGGACGCAAGCAUGCUUUCGGACGCAAGCAUGCUUCCGGACGCAAGCAUGCUUUCGGGCGCAAGCAUGCGUCCGGGCGCAAGCAUGCUUCCGGGCGCAAGCAUGCUUUCGGACGCAAGCAUGCUUCCGGACGCAAGCAUGCUUCCGGACGCAAGCAUGCUUUCGGGCGCAAGCAUGCUUCCGGACGCAAGCAUGCUUCCAGACGCAAGCAUGCGUCCGGGCGCAAGCAUGCGUUCGGGCGCAAGCAUGCGUCCGGACGCAAGCAUGCUUCCGGACGCAAGCAUGCGUCCGGGCGCAAGAAUGCUUCCGGACGCAAGCAUGCUUUCAGGCGCAAGCAUGCGUCCGGGCGCAAGCAUGCUUCCGGGCGCAAGCAUGCUUUCGGGCGCAAGCAUGCGUCCGGGCGCAAGCAUGCUUCCGGGCGCAAGCAUGCUUCUGGACGCAAGCAUGCUUCUGGACGCAAGCAUGCUUUCGGACGCAAGCAUGCUUACGGACGCAAGCAUGCGUCCGGGCGCAAGCAUGCUUCCGGGCGCAAGCAUGCUUUCGGGCGCAAGCAUGCGUCCGGGCGCAAGCAUGCUUCCGGGCGCAAGCAUGCUUCUGGACGCAAGCAUGCUUCUGGACGCAAGCAUGCUUUUGGACGCAAGCAUGCUUACGGACGCAAGCAUGCUUUCGGACGCAAGCAUGCUUCCGGACGCAAGCAUGCUUUCGGGCGCAAGCAUGCGUCCGGGCGCAAGCAUGCUUCCGGGCGCAAGCAUGCUUCUGGACGCAAGCAUGCUUCUGGACGCAAGCAUGCUUUCGGACGCAAGCAUGCUUACGGACGCAAGCAUGCUUUCGGACGCAAGCAUGCGUCCGGACGAAAGCAUGCUUCUGGGCGCAAGCAUGCUUUCGGACGCAAGCAUGCUUCCGGACGCAAGCAUGCUUCUGGACGCAAGCAUGCUUUCGGACGCAAGCAUGCUUACGGACGCAAGCAUGCUUUCGGGCGCAAGCAUGCUUUCGGGCGCAAGCAUGUUUACGGACGCAAGCAUGCUUCCGGGCGCAAGCAUGCUUUCGAACGCAAGCAUGCUUCCGGGCGCAAGCAUGCUUUAG